CCCGAAGCGGUCGGGAAAGCUCAAGCGUGGCAGGGGCCGGGCCGGGCAAAGCGGAGGAGGCGGGUCUCCAUAGAAACCUUCACCUGUUUCCGGCCAGGCUGGGCGAGCUUAGGGGCUGCUGCCGGGGCCAAUCUACGCCAGCUCGUCUCUUCCCGACGGCCCGUGCGGGAGCGCUGGGGGUUGUACACAAUCAUCAUGGCGGCGGCCGGGGCCCCGGAUGGCAUGGAGGAAGCUGGCAUGGACACGGGGGCCGAGACCGUGGCCACCGACGAGUCCACGCGGCCCCUGAACUGCGUGGAGGCCGAUGCCGUGGUGGGGACGGCGGCAGCGGCGGCCGAGGACUCCUGCGCCGCGCAAGGCAGCCUGCAGCCGGCCCCGGCCCAGCCCCCUGGGGACCCCGCGGCGCAGGCCUCGGUCAGCAACGGCGAGGACGCGGGCGGCGGCGCGGGCCAGGAGCUGGUGGACCUGAAGAUCAUCUGGAACAAGACCAAGCACGACGUGAAGUUCCCGCUGGACAGCACGGGCUCCGAGCUGAAGCAGAAGAUCCACUCCAUUACAGGUCUCCCACCUGCCAUGCAGAAAGUCAUGUAUAAGGGACUUGUCCCCGAGGAUAAGACGUUGAGAGAAAUCAAAGUGACCAGUGGAGCCAAGAUCAUGGUGGUUGGCUCCACGAUCAAUGAUGUCUUAGCGGUCAACACGCCCAAAGACGCUGCGCAGCAGGACGCGAAGGCGGACGAGAACAGGAAGGAGCCCCUGUGUAGACAGAAGCAACACAGGAAAGUCCUGGAUAAAGGAAAACCCGAAGAUGUGAUGCCGUCUGUUAAGGGUGCCCAGGAGCGCCUGCCCACGGUCCCCUUGUCUGGCAUGUACAAUAAGUCUGGAGGGAAAGUGAGACUCACCUUUAAGCUAGAACAAGACCAGCUGUGGAUCGGCACAAAAGAGCGGACUGAGAAAUUGCCCAUGGGCUCCAUUAAAAAUGUGGUCAGCGAACCCAUCGAAGGACACGAAGACUACCACAUGAUGGCAUUUCAAUUGGGUCCCACAGAAGCCUCUUACUACUGGGUGUACUGGGUUCCAACUCAAUAUGUGGAUGCAAUCAAAGACACUGUGCUGGGCAAAUGGCAGUAUUUUUGAAAGCACUUUCACCUCUGGCCCAGGAGACUGACCCAAAGGGAAGGACAUUGCCGGGAGAGCCUGCAGCAUCCCUGGAUUGCAGAGUUGUGGAACUUUGUUUCAAACAGACAAAAAAAAAAAUCUCGAUUCGCUCUAAGGUGAUAUGCUGACAGAAGCCAGAGGUGAUGUACUUUCACCAUUAGCUUCCUUUUAACUUAAAAAUCACCGUUCCCUUCCUUGCAGUCAGCUUCAUACCAUUUUAAAGUUAAUAUGGUGGAAAUCAAUAAAUCUUCAUUCAGAACA